AUGCACCGGCGGGAAAUUUACAGCUUACCGGGGAUAAUUUCCGGACACAACCCAGUUACCAUCAUGACGUCGCAAACCUCAAAGUUCCCAGUCUUUCUACUCCUGGUAGCUAUUUUCUUUGGCAGCAGUCUGUCUGUGCCCAAGGCCACCGUCAAGGUCAACUCACCCAAGGGCUUCGAGGUCUCCAUUCCCGACGAGCCCGGCAUUUCGCUGUUCGCCUUUCACGGCAAAGUCAACGAGGAGAUGGAUGAUCUGAGCGAUCAGACGUGGGCGGAAGACAUAGUGAGUUCCCGAAACGGACGUUGGACAUAUCGCAACCGGAACCAGCGACUGCAGCCGGGAGAUGUUCUGUACCACUGGACGACUGCGCGGUACCAUGGGGUCGACUACAACAACUACAACCAGGCUCAUGUGGUCGGCCAGGGGGAUUCCCAGAGAAUCGAUGUGAACGGUUCCAACGGUGGUCAUCAACCUAUUGAAGCCAACGGCCACAGCACCAUCAAUAUAUUUGUUCGAAGUUAUAGUUUUAUAAAGCCAGCUUUAUCGGUCAAGAAUUAAAAGUCAUCUUCAGGCAGGUUUGUUUAAAACAUAACAAUAAGAUUUAAUUAGCACGACAUCAUUUUGUAAGCAUACUUGGUUUGUUCUGUUAUGGAACCCAAAUUAUUGCUUCAUACAUUUUUGUUGGCACUGGUAUUUUGAUUAUUUUAUACAUACAUAUGUGUUUGAGAUAAUGUGUUCUGAAUGAAUUCGCAACGGAUUCUCCCAGUUCCGAUGAUUAGAAAAAACACCAUUAUUAUUUUAUUGAUAACAAAA